CAGGCCAUCAGCUGACUCUGGCAGUUGUGUUGUUGACCUGUGGGUGAGGCGAGGGUGGGCGUCUGCUGAGUGAGGUCUCGUUGUAUCGCAACCUACUUCAAGUUGCAGAACACAAAAUGUUCGACUCCUCAGAUUCAGACGAUGAGUCUAGCCAGGCUUCAGUACAAACACUGAAGGUAGACUGGUUAGAUAUGUCAUUUAUGGGAUGUCCACAAGCUGUUGCCCUCAGUGGUUUGCCAGGAUGCCGUUUCAGAAAUGUUCACCAAAACCUGCAUAUGGACUUAAAUAAAAUAGAAGAUUUGGGAAUCUCUGAUGUAGUGAUGCUCGUUACAAAGGGGGAGUUACGAAAAUAUAGAGUAUCAAAUUUAAUGAAUGAGUACGAGAUGCGAGGAAUACGUCUUCAUCACUACCCAUUUCCUGAUGGCACAGCUCCUUCAAUUGACAAUGUUAUGGUAGUUAUUGAUACAGUUCGACAGGCCUUGGAGGAAAAUCGGAAGAUUCUUAUACAUUGUAUGGGAGGAUUAGGGCGAGCAUGUGUUAUAGCUUCAUGUCUACUACAAUACUUUGAGAAUUCACUCACCCCAGACCAAACUAUUUUCCUCCUGCGAGAACUAAGAGGAACGCGAGCAAUCCAGACAGUCAAGCAAUACAACUUUGUUCAAGAUUUUAGAAGCUUGUGUGAAGUUUGGAUGGAUGAAGAUAUUGAGCGAUCAGUGUCCCGAUGACAGCCUACCUGUGAACUUGAGGCUUUUUACCAGGUAAAGGAUUGACAGCCGGAUCUUGUUACCAAGGACUGAUGUGCAGGGUUUAAAGCCAAAGCAGAGAAGUUCACAGAAAAGUAUCAUAACUGAAUUUUUACUCAUGAAAUUAGUGUAGUUCUGAGAAUAUUUAUUAGUGUGAAUGCUACUGAUGAUCUCAAGCACCAAUAAAGGAACCUCCUGGACUGUUGUUGGUUUUACAUAUUAGCUCUUUCUCCUUCAGCACAGCACAGUACAGUAUAGUACUGAAUGAUAAUUAACAAUGAAUUGCUCAUUACAUACUAUUUACCUUGUGUCAUGCAUUAAGAGUAUAUUAUGGUCAUGUACUGUAAUUACAGUUAUGUACACUGUAAUUUGUUUAACAGCUUGCAAUGUAUGAUAAUGUUAUGAACUAUUUUCCAUGAGUAUCAUUUACCAUAUCUUGUAAUUUCAUUAUAUAUAUGAGAUCCCUUGUAUUUCAUCCUACAGUGAUGUGUGUGGCACAAAUUUAAGCUCCAUAAGGCUAACUGAGAUGCAUUAAUAGAAUAGUGAUCAUUGUCUUUUAGCUAAUUUCAAAUUUGAGAAUAACAGAAACAAGCUUUUAUGAUCAAGAGGCUGAGUGGGUGGUCCAUGAUUUAUCUCACCAUCUCAUAUGACAGCUGUUUUAUCAUGCAUCUUCAUUAUAGUGACAAUCCUACAUAUGUAGCCAUCUUUCCAGUCAUAGCAAGAUCUAUCAGUUCUAAAAUAAAAAAUUCUGAAUGAUA